ACAGGUUAAGCUUUUCCCUUGGAUUGUCCUUUACUUGCAAGCACACUGACCGUGAUCCUGCCUCAGCGCGAUACUUUGAGCGGUGGCCAUGGGCGGUCGCAUCUCCUCCCUCGUCUUCCAACCUCCCUCCAAACGUUCGCACAUAAACUCCACCAAAUACAUCAUCCUACCCACCAGCAAAGGAAACAGAAUUCCGGCUUUUUACUUUGACCGGUCGGCACAUAUAACUGUGCUGGUAUCGCACGGAAACGCCGAAGAUUUGGGUAUGAUCUAUGACCAAUUUUUUGACUUCUCUCGGCAACUCAACGUGAACGUUAUGGCCUACGAAUAUUCCGGGUACGGGAGGGCGACUGGGUCGCCUUCGGAAAGCAAUUGCUACGCCGAUAUCGACGCUGCUUUCAAGUAUUUGGUGGAAAUCAAGAAAGUCGUGCCCUCACGAUUGGUGCUGUUGGGGCGAUCGAUUGGCAGCGGUCCCAGCUGUUACCUUGCCGAACGUCUCGCUUUGUCUGGCACGCCCGUGGGUGGAGUGAUGCUACAGAGUCCCGUCCUCUCUAUACUCCGAGUGGUCCUCCCAGACCUGCGUUGGACCUGGUGGGGCGACAUGUUUCCCAACGUGGAUCGGGUCAAGAGGAUGGAAUGCCCCAUCUUCGUCAUCCAUGGCACGCGGGACGAGAUCGUUCCUUUCCGUCACGGGCAAGACUUAUUCCUGGCCACUCCCGUGCAAUGGAGAGCAAGACCA